GCAUAAUUUAAAACAUGUUUCCAGCAUUAAUGCUAUCAGGAUAUCAUUUUUGCUGGCUUAAGCGUAAUUAUAUAAUUUUUCUUGCUGGAAAUCUUAUCUAAUUGAAAAAUUAAACAAAAGGGUUUCAAAAACAAUUGCAGCACGGCACGCCACGAUGCAGAUAUUUGUGAAAACUUUGACGGGUAAGACCAUUACCCUCGAGGUAGAAGCGUCCGAUACUAUUGAAAAUGUGAAAGCAAAAAUUCAGGACAAAGAAGGAAUCCCACCUGAUCAACAACGUCUUAUUUUCGCUGGAAAACAAUUAGAAGACGGACGUACUCUUUCUGAUUAUAAUAUUCAAAAAGAAUCUACUUUGCAUCUUGUACUUCGACUUCGUGGUGGUGUUAUUGAACCCACUCUUCGUAUUCUUGCACAAAAAUACAAUUGUGACAAGAUGAUCUGCAGAAAGUGUUAUGCCCGUCUUCAUCCACGCGCAACUAAUUGUCGUAAAAAGAAAUGUGGUCAUACGAAUAACAUUCGACCCAAAAAGAAGCUAAAGUAAACUAUACGUUCCAAUUUUCUUUGCUUAUUUUGCAAAUGUAUGUGUAUACCUUACAAUUGAUUUUAAUAAAACAUACAUGAAAAAGUAA